UUUCUUGGUUGAGCCGCGCAUCUCGUCGUCAGUUGCAACUGAGUAGUUGCAAUGGAACUGACGGGAAAUUCGAAAGAGGAUAGUCCGCUUUUACGCAAGGAUGAAGCUCGGAAAAGUUCCCACAGGGAGUGGUUUCGUAAUGUCACCGUUGAGCCAGUCACAUUCGUGCAUAGUUUUGGGUGGAGCCUUUCGGAGAUCGUUCUGGCCAAUCAAAUAGUGUAUCAAACAUGUGUAGCAACGCUUGCCGAGGGCGAUGAAGAAACGUGUUCGGUAAUGAAGCAGACGGGAGCGGCCAACAAUGAAACGCUGGCGAUUUACCUCGAGGAGGAAGUUCAGCCUUACGCGGCUGCCGUGACGAUGAGUAUUGUGCUACUGACUUCGGUUGUUCCCGCUGUGGUGGCGUUGUUUCUCGGUCCAUGGUCGGACAAAUUUGGGCGGAGACCCGUCAUCGCCAUUUCAUCAAUCGGUUACAUGCUGUCACAGGUUCUAACCGCAACGGUAUGCUACUGCUCUUCGUACUACGCCCUGUCACCGUGGUGGUACGUGGUGGCCAACAUUCCGGUGGCGAUCUCCGGAGGUUACUCGGUGUUUCACGCAGGAAUAUUCAGCUACAUCAGCGAUGUGACAACCGAAAGUAACCGAACCCUGCGUAUGGGCGUUCUGCAAGGGAUCACGAUGCUUGGCGUUCUGGUUGGACUGUUGGCCAGCAACUAUAUGAUUGGGUCCGUCCCAGCGACGACGAUGUUUUCUCUCUCAGCGGCAGCAAUGUUGGCCAGUACUCUAUAUUUGGCUCUAUAUACUGAGGAAACGAUUAAAAUUGAAAGCGAGGUUUCGGCGAAGGAAAAACUGAAAGCGAUCUUCAAUAUCAAUCUGGUGCGGGAAAUGCUUCGCACUUUCACUAAGCCAAAGCCAAAUUAUGAGCGAGCCAUCACUUGGUUGUUGAUAUCCAUUGGUGGUUUAGUAGAGUUCGCCAUCGCCGGCCGUCAAUUGUUCUUCCUGUAUACAAGACGGCAGUUUGCAUGGGAUGCCGUAUCUUACGGAUACUGGCUGUCCGCAGAGCUGGGAUUCAUCAUGCUGGGGAACCUGUUCGGCAUCGGUCUACUAAAGAAGCUAUUCAAUAUUUCUGAUAUGAGUCUUCUUGCUCUGUCAACUAUGAACCAGAUUGGAGACUAUCUCAUCAAAGGAUUCGCCAGUGAUGGUUGGCAGUUGUACUUAACGGCGUUGAUGGUGUUCAAAGGAGUUGACGGAGCUGCAGUGCGGUCCAUUCUCUCCAGUAUUUUACCAGCCGAUGAUGUCGGAAAAAGUUAUUCUAUGGAUCUAUCAGUAAAAGCAAUUACCCCACUGGUAUCAGUUUUCCUUUUUACUGCCAUCUACAACAGAACUAUCGGCAAUGAACCGUCGACAUAUCUGUUUGUUACGAGUGUAGUUUUCGGGAUAAAUCUGGUACUGAUUGCAGUUGCACGUUAUUUGUUGAAAACCAGGCAUCGAGCAUUAUGUGAUCAGGACGUAGAUACAAGAAAAUAGGUUGAAUGGAAACAAUAGUUCCUUCAAAAUGCUGCCAUUGGUGGAGCCAGAGGUGGGACACCGCUCGUCGCAAGCACGUUAUCUUUCUCAAAGGCAACGUGCUUGCACCAAAUGACAAUCUUUGGCGUUGCCAGUAUUUGCUGCCACCAUUUUCAUUGUAGAAUUUUCAUAAGAAAUAGUGCAAUUUGUAUAAUAAAAGAUAAAAAG